CAGGUGGGAAAUACAGGAAACUACACCCGCUCCGACUGGGCCGACGAUGUCUCCCAGGCUGUCGAAGCCCACAUCGACGCGUUCGCCCUCAAUAUUGCCUACGGCGAUCCGAUCAACACCCAGAUGCUGCCUAUGGUGUUUGACGUGGCCGAGGAGAAGGGCUUCCAUCUCUUCUUCUCCUUCGACUAUGCCGGGAACGGUCCCUGGCCGCGGCAGAACGUCAUCAACCUGCUGCUGGAGUACACUUCGCGUGGUGCGUACUACAAACACCAAGGCCAGCCGUUCGUCUCGACCUUUGAGGGUCCUGCGCAGGCGGCCGACUGGGAGACUAUCAAGCAGAUAGUCCCCUGUUUCUUCAUGCCGGACUGGUCGUCGCUCGGAGCCAAGGCGGCAUUGGAACAGGGCGCCGGGGUGGUCGACGGCUUGUUCAGCUGGGCGGCCUGGCCCUGGGGUCCCAACGACAUGAACACCUACGUCGAUGCCUCGUACCUGCAGUUCCUCAACCAGACGGGGACCGCCCUGCCGUACAUGAUGCCCGUCUCGCCGUGGUUCUACACCAACCUGCCCCAGUGGGAGAAGAACUGGCUGUGGCGCGGUGACGACCUGUGGUAUACCCGCUGGCAAGAGGUCCUCUACAUCCAACCUGAGUUUGUCGAGAUCCUCACCUGGAACGACUACGGCGAGUCUCACUACAUCGGGCCCCUGCGCGACAAGGCGAUGACGGCCUUUGCCAAAGCCCCGUACAAUUACGCCACCGACAUGCCCCACGACGGCUGGCGGCUGUUUCUCCCCUUUGUCAUUGACCUGUACAAGACGGGCACGGCGACCAUCACCCGCGAGGGACUAACGGUUUGGUAUCGUACGCAGCCCAAACUGACCUGCUUCGACGGCAACACGACGGGGAACACCGCGAGCCAGCUGCAGUUCGAGUACAAGGCGUCCGAUAUCGUCCAGGACAAGGUCUUCUACUCUGCCCUGCUGGCCGAGCCGGCCGACAUCAUCGUCACCGUCGGUGGAUCCUCGCAGGCGGGCAGCUGGACCUCCAAACCGGACGACGGUAUUGGAAUCUACCAUGGCAGCGUGCCUCUGGACGGCCGCACGGGCGACGUCGUCGUCACUCUCACCCGCAAGCACGUCGACCUGGCGAAAGUGACGGGGUCCGAUAUCUCCACCGACUGCGGCGCGGGAUUCGAAAACUGGAACGCCUGGGUGGGGACCGCCGAGGCCACGGCGGACAUCAAAGCCAGCCCGAAACUGCAUCUCAAGGACCAGGUGUGCAUCAAGGGCACCGCGGUCAACAACUUUGUCGGCCUGUGCGAGUUCACCUGCCAGUACGGCUACUGUCCGCUCGGCGCCUGCGUGUGUCUGGCCAUGGGGAAGCAGCGCGAGGAAAAGAACGUCACCAACACCCCGGGCUUUCCCCUCGCGGGCGAGAGUCCCAGCUAUCUCGGCCUGUGUGCCUACGCGUGCAAUCACGGCUACUGUCCGCCCAACGCCUGCGGCCACGUCGAGGAACCGCUCAUUGUCCCCAACGUGUCGGAUUUCCUGCCCCCCGCCUGUAUCGCCGGCACGGGCGACGGCAACCUCCAGGGACUCUGUGAUUUCAGCUGCCACUACGGCUUCUGUCCCAUCAACGCAUGCAAGUGUACCAAGGAGGGUGCCCUGAUUGAUGCCCCCAAGACCACAGUCAUAGACGUCAAGAUCGCCAAGGGCGCCGAUCCCUUCAAAUAUAACAGUCUGUGCAGCUUUGCCUGCCCGCGCGGAUACUGUCCCACGGGGGCAUGUUCCUCUGCGCAACCGCUGGCCACUGGACCCGGCGGCGUUGCCGUCCCUAUCGACCCGAGCGUGUGGAGGGAACCGUCCCCCGUGAUGAGCUGCGAACCCCCCUGCACGCUUAUCCCGGCGCCUCUGGUCCUCCCCACGAAUACCACCAUCUCUUUUCCAGUGUGGUGGACGGACAUCACGUACUCGACCUUGACAAACCGCACCCAGACUCGCUCCGGCACCACAGAGACCAUCGAGGGGUACUCGGAAAUCACGGUUCCAACGGCGAUUUCCAUUCCACCAGUCACUACCACCGCGAUUGAGGUAUGGGAGAUUAUCAUCACAGCUGGUCAGGGACCCGGUCCGAUCUACAUGACCCCCUCUGUGCGGCCGCCUCCUUUCUACAUCACCUAUACCCCGGUCAAGGAUGGCGUCACGUUGAAACCCUCGAGCAGCAAGGUGACACCUCCUCCACACCCGACCAAGUCAGGGCCGCCGGACUCGAAGGUCAACUCGCGCUCCUCAAGUUUCAAGAAGGGGGAUCCUCCUGGGCCGAAGUGUACCUCUGCAUGUGGGGGGCCAUGUAAGCUGACCUUAUACAAGUAUCAUCCUUAUGAACGCUCUUCUGAUGAGUCUAGGCUCCAUGUUCUGCGUCCCGUACUGCCCCCUCUGUCCUCCCUCGUUUGGCGUGUCUUUCGAUGA